GUAUGGCCCACCAACAAGGACGCCUUACAGGGUCAUCGUUGAAAAUCUGUCGUCACGCAUCAGUUGGCAGGAUCUCAAGGAUUAUAUGCGUAAAGCUGGUGAAAUAACAUUUGCUGAUGCUCACAAACACCGUCGAUAUGAAGGUGUUGUGGAGUUUGCUUCCCGUUCUGAUAUGAAGAGGGCCAUUGAGAAAUUAGAUGACACUGAGCUUAAUGGUCGACGCAUUCGUCUGGUUGAAGAUCGUUCUCGAUCAAGAUCCCGCUCUCGUCGUCGCUCAAGGACAAGAUCCCGCUCACGAUCCAGGAGGUCUCGUACACGCUCAAGGUCACGGUCCAGAAGUCGCUCUCGUUCUCGCGGGUCACGAAGAUCACGCUCCAAGUCACGUUCUAGGUCUAGGUCGAGGGACUCACGGUCACGCUCUCGAUCAAGGUCACGAUCACGGUCACGCUCAAGAUCUCGUUCCAAAUCACGAUCACGCUCAAGAUCAAAAUCCAAUGAUGCAAAGAGAUCAAAGUCUAGAGAGCGUGACAGUCGCUCAAGAUCGGGUUCACGCAAGAAGUCUCCAGAACCUGCUAGCAAUCCUAAGGAAGACGACCCAAUUCGAAAUGAGUUCCGGAGCCUUUCUAGGUCCAGAUCACGGUCGCCUGUAAAUGCAAAACAGGAAGCUUCUAGGUCACAUUCACGCUCGGGUUCACCAUCACCUAGGCAUAGGCAGAGUCGUUCAAGAUCGCAGUCACCUCGAGAAAAUGGUCACGACCAACCUGAAGACGACUGAGAGUUUCUGCUAAGGUUUUACACAAAUAUUAAUAUGCUGAUCUUAGUAAUAAUGAGUAAUUGCAUACGAGGAUAUUGAUUAAAAUGCUUUAUUUUUUAUGAAAUCUUUUAAUGUAUCAAGUGCAUAUUGAAGGUAACAUGAUUUCUAUUAUGGUGAGAAUUGUAUGUAAUUUACAUGGUACUGUAUGAAGGUAGACCUGAUAAUAAGCUGUCCUUUCCAUUUUAGUGUGAACAGCAUAACAGUUUAUUUAAUGAUUUGUUCUUUAAAAAACUAAAUCCAGAGUUGAAUAUUGCCUAUAAUGGAUGUCCUUUAUGGUUAUCCCAAUAGUGCUGAAAUGUUCCAUUCAUUAAACAAAAAUUGAGAAUUCAAUUGUUUAGUUUAGUUUUCAUUAUGUAUCUGCUAUGGUUUGCUAAAAAAAAAAUAGUACAAAUAACAUCUUUCUGGCAUUUGUGUGAAUAUUUGUUGGCAAAUUAUUUGUAUUUCCUUAAUGUAAUAGUAUCCAAGUUUGGCAGAUUGUCGUGUUACAUAGGGUGUGGGUUAUGUCAUUUUGAUUAAACAUUUGUGAUAGAAACUCUAUCUUUCAUUACAGUGAAGCUGUUUAGUAUUUGUAUGGUUGCUAUGCUGUUUCUCAAUAUUAUGUAUAUAUAUAUUAAGGUAUAUAGAGAGUUAAGAUUUCCUAUUCAUGAUUCCCCUUGUAAACAUGAUAGUUUUGCCAAAUGUUCUCAGAUAAAAAAUAAAACCAUUAUAAUGGUAAGAUAUUAUUUUAAUUAGUUAAUAUGUUCCAUUUUUUAUAUAAAGUUUUCAAUGGCAUUGUCACAAGUAUUAAUUCAAGUGUUGAUUAUCUUGGAUUCACUGGAGGUAGUGAUUCUGUGGCUAUUAUACCUAACGAAUUUGUUAGCAAGGUUGACAAAUUAAAACAUUCUUGAUAA